AUGGACAAGGACGGCGCCGGCGCCGGAGGCAAGGUCGUCGCCGACCGUGUAAGGCUGGACAAGACGGCUGCGAUGGAGGGCAACCACGUCCACGACGACAAGGACGCCACGAGGACAAGCGCCGAGGGCGCAACCGGCCAAGCGCACUCCGGCAAGAGCCCCAAGAAGAGGCGCAAGGUCAAUCAUGGCGACACCAAGAAGCUCAAGAACGGCAAGCCUGUGACCAGCGCCGCGUCCGUCGACGAUUCGGACGCUCAGACGCCUUCAGACGUUGCCCGGGCCUCCGUCUCUAGCACCAUGGGUCCGCCUCCCGCGUUUGACGGCACGAGGCAGCGUUCCUCGAGCGGGUUCAGCGGCGGUGGUGUGAUCGGCCAGGCAGACCCGUUGUCACUUGUGCAACAAGGCGGCGGGACGGGUAUGCAAGGAAACGGGCUGAACAGCAGCGCGACCGGUAACGCGAAUCAAUUUGCUGGCUUCUCGGACGCGUGGUUGACGGCUCAAAACUUCAAUGAGAUGAACAGCUACAACCCCAACUACAUGAUCGGGCCUCACGUCACGCACGAAUUCAACCUGUUGAACGACUUCCUCCAUAGCGGGCUUUUGGAUGACAGCGGAGCUUUGGCAGCAGACGAGACGCCGCAAAACAGUGCCUUCACCAGAACAGCAAACCAGGCGGACAUGUUGCCCGGGUACGGCAACAGAACCGGCGCUCCGGCCGGCAGUGCCGGGUCCAAUGCUGGCUCUAUGCCGCCGCCGCCGAACGUUGACGGGAAGAGUGGAGCCAGAACGGCGACGGACAAGACGCGCGAGUACUACCUUCAAGCUGCUGAUCCGUCUGGCAACGACAAUGCCGAGGAGCGAAUGGCCCGUGUGCUUAGGGCCAAGUACGAUGCCGGGCUGCUGAGGCCGUUCAAUUACAUCAACGGCUACGCUCGCCUCGGAAAGUACCUCGACGGCCAUAUCGCACCGUCGUCCAAGCAGAAGAUUCUGAGGACGAUUAAUCAAUUCAGGCCCAAGUUCCGGGAGAAGGCGCAGGGCCUCACGGACAUGCAGCUUAUAUACGUUGAAAUGUGGUUUGAGAAGCAGCUGAUGGAUUACGACCGCGUCUUCGCCAGCAUGGCGGUGCCGGCAUGCUGCUGGCGGAGGACGGGGGAGAUAUUCAGGGGUAACAAGGAGAUGGCGGAGCUCAUCAACGUUCCAGUGGACCAGCUACGAGACGGCAAAAUCGCUCUGCACGAGAUUCUGACCGAAGAGUCCAUGGUCCGUUACUGGGAGGAGUUUGGGACGAUUGCGUUCGACCCGGCCCACGAGACGCUUUUGACAGCCUGCUCCCUCAAGAACCCUAGCGACACGUCGGACCAUCCGAUUGUGAAGUGCUGCUUCUCUUUUACGAUUCGCCGAGACGAACAUAAACUGCCGGCGCUGAUUGUGGGAAACUUCUUGCCUCACGACCCACCCCCGAACUAG